CACAGUUUCUCUCUCUCUCUAGAUCGAUCUGGACCUUCAGGUAAAUAGAACUUCAAUUCUUCACCGCCAUUGUUAAAAAUUGAAAUUUAGUCGCUAUUAUUAAUUAAUUUGAUUCAUCAAAUCGAUUAUUUUGAUCAACAACAACGGGACGAAAACGCCACCAAAGCAAAUCAUAUUUCGGCGGCGUCUUCUUGCAACAUUUAAUGGCGGUUUCUCUCUCUCGGUCCUUGGCACUCUCCGAUCAUCCCAACAGAAUAUGCUCUUUUUCCUCCUCAGAUCUUCUCUCUUCGUCCAUGUCCGAAAGACAAGGACUUUGAACUGGGUUUUGUCGCCUAUCACCCCAAUUCUCUCUCUUCAUCUUGUUCGUCGUCCGUUUGAUUUCUGGGUUUUGUUGGCAUCAAACAUUUUUCGUGCCCUUUUGUUGCGGGAUUCGAUUCCUGGUCAUGGUCUGUCAGAUUUUGUUUCUGGGUAUGCCAAUGGCGGUGGUUUCGAGGUAUAAUGCAUGUUGAUUGAUCGACCCUGACGAUCCAAGGUUCUUCAUUUCGGUUCAAGAUACUGUUGAUUCUCGAUAAAUGAUCAAAAUUUGGUAGAUUUUCGAUCUGGGCAUCGAAGAAAACUGGUUUGAACGAUGAAUGUCGUGGGUAGAAUCGGGAGCUAUAUUUACCGUGGAGUGGGUACGGUGUCUGGUCCGUUCCAUCCCUUUGGUGGCGGGAUUGAUAUAAUCGUCGUAGAACAGCCCGACGGGACGUUCAAAUCGUCUCCAUGGUACGUUCGCUUUGGGAAAUUUCAAGGGGUUUUGAAGAACAAAAGCAAUGCGAUCAAGAUUGAUGUCAAUGGCGUGGAAGCAGGGUUCAAUAUGUAUCUUGCUCAUACAGGGCAAGCUUACUUUCUCAGGGAAGUUGAUGAUGCUGUCGGAGAAGGUGAAUCCUUGUUAUACCCUUUGUCUGAUACCAAAACCUCUAAUGCUGGUGAUGUUAGGGUACCAUUGAAGUCGAAAAGCUGUAACUAUGAUGCCGGUAGUCCACGGAAUAGUAACGGGAAAAGCGUUGGCAAGCCAGGGAUUUUAGGGUUUGCGUUCGGGGGAAGGUCGGUUAGGGAGGAUCCGUGUCUGAUAGAAGCAGAGGAAGGUGAUGGAUCAUGUGUUAGCUCGAUGGAACGGGCCCAGAUUGCGGCUGAUCUCUUGGAGGUUAAAUGGUAUACCAAUCUCAAUACCCGUAUGACCAUCAAAGCAAAAGUUUCGGGAUGCAGUCAGGCAGCCAAUGGCAACGGUAAAGGCAGUGCUCAGACCAGUGCCAGUGAGAUUAGCUUGGACGAGGCUUACGGGUCGUUUUCUAGUGCCGAUGAACCAGCGGAGGGCAGGUCAGAAAGUAAAUGUGUAGAGCCAUUGAAAACCUUAUCGGAUAGCUUUCAGAUACCCGAGGAAUCCGCUGAAAGAUCCGAGACAGUGCAGAUUCUUGAUCAGAAUGGCAUUAAGUUACUCAGUCUAUGCGAAGCAGCAGAAGGUCUCGUUCUUGUCGAUGGAAGCUCGUACAAAGCCAUAUGCAAUGCAUUGUCUGUUCCUAGCGAACGAAGCAGAAAACUGGACGUUUAUGUUGAAUCUAUGGGCAUGACGACAGCAACCGACCCGCAAGGACAGGAUACAGUUACAGUAUGUGCUCUCGAAUUUGAGCGGACCCCUCGUGAAGGAAACAGCCCGAGCCUUAGGGACGAGAAUAAAUCCAUUGAAGAAGAUGUACAUGCUUCUCCAGGAAAUUGCGAAGAUUGUCCAUCAACAAGUGUGGAAAGCUACCCACAAUCAGAUAUAUCGGAAGAAGAACAAUUUACGUUUAGUGAUCUUGAUGAAUUCAAUCAUGGUGGGAAUGGUUCCAUGAAUUCAAAUUCUCCUUGUAAAAAUGUAAAGGAGAUCUACGAGGAAAAUGACAUAAGCCGGGAGGACCCUGCGGAGAAAUCAAAGGUUGUAUCAAAGCCGAUCGAUAUCCAUUGCAAUGAUGAGUACUCUCGGGAAGAGGAGGAGCAACAACGGGUAGAAUCGUUACCCAAUAUGCAGCUUCGAGCUCCGAGUUUUGAUCCCGAUUCUUGUCAGCCUUUCAGCAAAUCGCUUGAUUCAAAGUCUAAAACUUUGAAAUGGGGUUUCAAAAAAGACGAAUACAGCUCGGAGAGUUUAGAUGUGAAGGCAUUCAAGCACAUGCUAGAUAAUCCUGAAGUCGUCGAGCUCUCUCUCUGCAAGCACUUGUUAAGUGAAGGAAUGGGAGCGGAAGCAGCUUCUCGGGUAUUCGACUCCGGAAAACUGGAUAUGAAGAAAUUUCUUUCUUUGGGCCCGUCCUCCAUUGUGAAGGACGAUGAACUCAUCGUUAAAAUCGGUGGCUGCUAUUUCCCGUGGGAUUCUGCAGCUCCCAUUGUCUCGGGAAUGGUUUCUUUUGGAUCUGACGAGAAAAUAUUCGAGCCCAAAGGCAUGAUAGCCGUUGAUCGGGUUGAGAAGCCCGGUGAUUCGGCUCCAGGAAGUGGAGGCUGGAAGAUUUGGCCUUUCUCUCUCAGAACUUCGAGGAGCAGUGACAAGAUUCAAGACCCUUUCACGUCUGAAACCGGAAAUGACGAAACACGGAAUGUAUCGAAGCCAAAACCCGUUAAAAAGACGGUCAGAGCUCUAACCCCAACAUCCGAAAAUUUGGCUUCCCUGAAUCUGAAAGAAGGAAGAAAUGAUGUGACUUUCACAUUCUCCACAAAUAUGCUAGGCACUCAACAGGUGGAUGCCCGAAUUUACUUGUGGAAAUGGAAUGCUCGGAUUGUUGUUUCGGAUGUGGAUGGAACGAUCACGAGGUCGGAUGUUCUUGGCCAGUUCAUGCCUUUGGUCGGUAUAGAUUGGUCCCAAACCGGAGUCACGCAUUUGUUUUCAGCCAUCAAGGACAACGGGUAUCAUUUGAUAUUUCUUAGCGCACGGGCGAUUUCUCAGGCCUCGGUCACCCGACAAUUCUUAGUUAACCUCAAGCAGGACGGGAAAGCCUUGCCGGAUGAACCUGUCGUUAUCUCUCCCGACGGCCUCUUUCCGUCUUUAUUUCGGGAAGUAAUCAGAAGGGCGCCUCAUGAAUUCAAGAUCGCGUGCUUGGAGGAAAUACGGGCAUUGUUCCCUCCCGACCACAACCCGUUCUACGCUGGUUUCGGAAACAGAGACACAGAUGAGAUCAGCUACCUCAAAGUCGGAAUCCCUCGGGGAAAGAUCUUCAUCAUCAAUCCAAAGGGAGAAGUUGCUGUAAAUUGCAGAGUUGACACGAGAUCAUACACUUCUCUUCAUGCUCUUGUCAAUGGCAUGUUCCCUGCUACUGCUUCUUCCGAACCGGAAGACUUCAACACUUGGAACUUCUGGAAACUUCCGCCGCCGUCUUUUGAUGUCUGAAAAAUACCCUUCUUCAGAUACGAUCAUUAGAUUCAGGGGUGGCACCAAAGAUCGAAUUUUUCCCGUCUUUGUAACCCUUUUUCGUUUUCGUGACGUGGGGUUCAUAUCACAGGUUAAUACACUUAUAUAUAUAUAUAUACACACAUGUAUAUAUACAGUGGUGGACCAAAAAAUGGAACGCUUCUGUUACAAACAAUGUUAUGUUACUUUUAUUUUUUAAUAUU